AUGUCCCCUCCAGAGGACACCACUUCAACUACGACUCGGGCACAGUCUUUAGCCGUUGCUCCAGGGACCGACGACCCCACCUAUUCUUACCUGACCUAUCGGUCACCACUCCUUAAUUCCUCGCUGCCUGACAACCAGAUGCCCGAGGACCCAUACUCGAUCCACCCCCCGUCACUUUCACACCUGGCGCUGUUGCGGUUGGCCUUUCCUGCCUUCGUGCGCAUGGUUUCCCAGUCCUGUUAA